AUGGCGGAGUCUUGUAGAUUUGGAAACCAUAACAUAGAAAGUAAAACAUCAAACAAUCACGAUGAAAACUUUUGUAUAAUACAUGUUUUAUGUGUAUUUAUAUCACUUGUAACGAUAUUAGCAGACUUGACGACAGAUGUGAUCGUUUUCGCCGAAUAUUGUAAAGAUGGACAUUUCUACUGGGCUUUCGGCACAUUAAUUUUUAUAGUAACUCCAAAUAUCCUUAUAAAUAUAUUUUCAAUCAGAUGGUUUGUUACUGAUCAAAAAUCUAGUUUACGUCAUUGGAUUACUCAUAUUUGCCUGGUCGGUUUGCUGGAAAGGUAUAUCAUCUUUCUGCGUAAAGUAUUUGUGUGCAAAAAUUUAGAAUCCAUUAAAACUCAUAAGUUGAUUUCACAGAGAAAUGAUUUGAGUUUAUUACAUUUUUUGUAUAUUUUUAUUGGAACAGUGCCACAAAUAAUAUUACAAACGUAUGCUAUUGUAACUUUAGAUGAAAAUUAUUAUACGAAAGUUUUCGCUUUGACAGCGUCGAUUGCCUCUGUUAUUUGGGGCUGCGCUACAUACAUUUACAGUAUUACAGCAUUCUCCAGCGAGAACUUCAGUUGGUAUUCAAUAUUACUGAAGCUUAUAUGGCACUUUGGAAUGCUAAUCGGGAGAAUUCCAGGAAUAUUAUUAUUUGCUGUAGUAUUUGGUAUAUGGACAUUGAUACCAUUAGGGUUACAUUGGUUUGCAAUGACCUUUUGGAUAGUAGUUCAGAAAACUACAUUCUGCCCAAAUAAAUUAGAAGAAACUCUUUACAAUGUCGUCAUGGGCUUUGUAUACUGCUUUUGCUACAUAAACUUACGAGAAGGCCACACACGAUACCGUUUGAUGCUGUUUUACACUUUGAUGAUAUCGCAGAACUUUGGAAGCUUAUUUUUGUAUGUGCUCAUUUCCGAUACUGAGCGACAAAAGAAAUCAUGGUCCAUUGCAGCAGCCAUCUGCAUUAUAUUUGGUACGAUAGUUGGCAUUCUCUCCAUGAUAUUAUACUACCGAUAUUUUCAUUCAACGGGACCAAUAUCAUGGAAAAAUGACGACAUCGAACUUAACAAUAAAGUCGCUGUACAAGAAUCAAACAAUAAAAGAGAUCAAGGAACUGGCUUGAAUCAUGUUCGAUCAUUUAAAAGCUCACGCAAAAAUGAGGAAUCAAAUCCUACUUCUAGCAAAGAAUUAUCAACUGAACAAGCUCAAAGACAAGAAAGUGAUAACGCUGACAAAAAGUUCUUACUGGAACAUUGGAUAGCAAGAUCUGGUACACCUACUUUCACAUCGGCACCAAUCGGGAAUAAUAGUUUGGAGGCAUCUAGUAUAGAAUUUUACACUGUUGAAAAUACAACACAGUCUGUUUUACAAGAAGAGGACUAUAAACACAAGAAUAACAAAAAGAGAACUAUUUGUUCUCCAACAGAAUUAACAUUAAAGCUAAGUUCCAUGGAGAAUUUAGAAAGCUCAAUAGACGAGAUAACUUCGAGCAAUUUAAAUUUGCAUAAAAGGAGAGGCAUAUGUUCUUCGGAUGCUUUAAGAGACGAUUUAACUAAUGUAAACUUGGACGUUUGCAAUCUAGUAAAUGAAGAAUUUAUGAAAAUGUUAAAAACUGACAGCUCGGUGAUCAGUCAUGAUACAGAUGGUUCUAAUAAAAAGACUUCUUCUGAUUCUAUCGACAUGGAUCUAGAUUUAAGUUUUAGUGAUAUUAAUAGUUCUGAUAUAAACACUUUUAACGAAAACAUUGUUCAAAAACUGUGUUUGAGUGCUCUCAAAAAUAUCAAAGUCGGAAAUCAAGAUGCGGAUAUCGAAAACAUACAAAGGAUAGCGUUAGAUAUACUCAAGGAAAUGUAUGCUAAAAAAGAUAAAAACAAGAUCGGAAUAGGAACAGACCUAUUCCCAUCAAAACCACGAGAGCUAGAUACACCGACUGAAGUUUUGUCAGUCCAUGAUUAUGAAAAUAUAUGUGCCGUAAAUAUAGCCCGCGAGGCAUGGGGCCUUCGAUCUUGGAAUGGUUAUUCCGAUAUAGAGAACUGGCUGCAUGACGGAAGUGUAGUCAGAGAUCGAAGAAGAGACACAUUGACAUCAGGUAGUUCUGAAAUAAGUAGUUGUGUUUCACAAGAACUGAAAAAUGCAAUUUUAACUGCACCGCCAUUUCCUAAAAAACCGCAUACGUACUCUAAUGUAUUUGUGAAAUUUGAUAGAACAAAUCAGGACGAUUAUGCAAAUACAUUGGUUUCGCAUGAUGAUACCUUUUUAGCAAAGCCGUGUAUGGCGGACGUUAGUAAAGAUCCAAACCAUUUAGAACCAAUAAUGGAAGAAUUAGAUGACUUAGGAGAUAUUGAUCCGUCUAAUAAGAAAAGACUGAACUCUGAAAGCUCUUUGGUUGCAACUAUAGAUGAAAUUCGUAAAUCGACAGCAACUAACUCUCCACGAAAUUUGUAUUAUAGACGAGAACAUUUAUGGGAUUCACCUCAAUUUAACACAUCUACAAAAAUUGAUUUAAAACAAGCCCUUUGGAAAGAACCGUCCAAGUUUGACUCCAGUAACAUAAUGGAGGCUUUACCAGAAAAAGAGAAUUGUAUGAGUAUUGCGCAAAGAACGAAAUUUGAUGGUAUAAAAAAAGAACUUAACGUUUCAAAUGUGUCAUCAACAUCCACAGAUUCUCCCACUGGAGAAAUUGUUACUGUUUACAAUAAGAAUACUAGACGUCGUCAAAAGUCAAACUCAAGUAAUAUAAAAGUACAAAGUAAGAAAAUAAACAUUAAACCUGAACAAAAUCGACAUGAUUUUUCUAAUAAGGACAUCGACUUUUUAUGGCAGUUGGUUUCAGAAAGCUCCGUUCCCAGUAAUUCUAACGAAGAUUGUUCAUCAAAUAAAAUAUCGACAUCUUUACAAUCGCUGAUUCAGAAAGAUACUGCAAUGCCUGUCGUUAAUACUUCUACAUCAAAAAUAUCGAAUGUUAAGAAGGGAGCGAGAAGCAGGCCUCGCCGAAAGUUCUCUAUUUUAAGAGAACGAUUCGAGCCUAGACUAAAUUUAAACUCAGAUGAAGAAAUAUUAUACAGAUCUUGUGAAAUUAGUCAGCCACAAUCUGAUCCCAGUGUUGUAAAAGUUAAAAACCAAUUCGAUGUAGACCAAGAAGUCAGAACUAUGCCUCGAAAACAGAAUUAUGACAAUUCGUCAUUUGAAACGAAUGAAUUCCCACCAAAUGCUGUGGGAUGUGACCUAAUCAUGUCUAAAAAUAUUAAGGAAAAGCGAUCUUUAUUCAUGAAACAGGUUUUGAGCCCACCAAAAUUUAACACAAAGUUAAGACAUAAAGUGUGA